GGAUGUGACGCAGGCUUCCGGUUAGCAAACUAGACGGCGUUAGUGAGAUCGCGGAAGCAGGUAGAAUGGUGUGCAUUCCAUGCAUUGUGAUUCCAGUCCUCCUCUGGGUGUACAAGAAAUUUUUGGAGCCCAUUGUAUAUCCCUUCAUAUCACCCAUCAUCAACCGUAUCUGGCCAAAGAAAGCAGUUCAGAAUACCCCUCCUUCCAGUAAAGAGGAGAAGCAAGCACUUAACGGGACCAACAAGCUGGACAGUAAUGGAAUCUGUAAUGGAAAUGUUACCCAAGAACAAGAAGUUAUUCCCAAUAAAAAGACAGAUUAACAGAGUUUGUGAAGGUCCGGCUCUGCAGUUCGCUCUUCUUGUACCUCGACAUGUAUGAAGUGAAAGAAUGGCCACCGACUUGAGACACUUGGAAAAAUAUUUAUUUACUGUAGAUGAAUGAAGAAGAAAUCUUUGUAUAUAUUAAUAUAUUGCAUUCCAGAUUUUACAUAUUACCCAAAUUUGCUUUCCUGUUUCACGUCUAAAUAGAUGUAUAAAUAUCUUAAGUCUA